AUGAUGGCGGGUUCUGGGGAUGAUACGCGAGCUCUUUUCCGGGCUGGGGUCCACGCGGUGCUGGAGGCCUGGCCGGCGUUGCAGAUCGCUGUGGAGAAUGGCUUCGGGGGCAUGCACAGUCUGGAGAAGGCUGAGUGGCUGGGGAGUGCAGUGGAGGAUUACUUCAUCCGCAAUGCUGACUUGGAGCUAGAUGAGGUGGAGGACUUCCUCAGGGAGCUGAUGACCAAUGAAUUUGAUACGGUAGUGGAGGAUGGGAGUCUGCCCCAGGUGAGCCAGCAAUUGCAGACCAUGUUCUACCACUUCGAGAGAGGUGAUGGGGCUGCUCUAAAGGAGAUGGCGUCCCACAUCACUCAGAGAAAGUGCGGGGUCACAGCCACUGCACUUAAGACAGCCAGAGAGACUGAUGAGGAUGAAGAUGAUGGGGGCAGUGUGGAAGAGAUGGAGGUCUCAGCUACAAAUGAUGGGGCUGCUACAGAUGGAGUCUGCUCCCAGCCUGAACCCUCUGAUCCAGAGUCUCAGACUAUUAAGGAAGAAGAUAUAGUGGAAGAUGGCUGGACCAUUGUCCGGAGAAAGAAAUGAGUGGGUCUGGAAAUGGUUUGGGCCCUUAUUUGCUAGUUUUGAGACUUGCUUUUUAGGGGCUUUUUUGGAGGGUUAUAGACCUUUGGACUGGUUACCCCAUCCUUAUCCUCUUUCCUGUUCCCUUAUCCAGCUCCCUCCAAGGGAAGAAAAGCCCUAGGGUCCUUGGUUUUGGGGGUGAUUGGACCUGGUCCAGCAUAUCCCCCUGGGCCUUAAGUUACCAUCUGAGUGAUGAGGACGGGUUUCCCAGCACAGUGUCUCUUGGGUGCAGUCAUUGUGAAGAGGGGGAUGAGUGGGUGUGGGUGUGGCUGGAGGAGCUAGAUGGUGGUUGACAGUGGGCAGGUGGAUGUGUGGAGGGAGAGGACCAGCAGGAGAACCAGUACUCAGUGCUGGGGGGCUGGCUGGGUCAGGAAUGGUGAGAUGAACAUGCAAACGGAAGAGAAAAUAGUUAAAAGAUGUGAACGAAAGUAGGUGUGGAGCCUUUCCCUUAUCCCACCCCACCGAACACACUGGGCAGCUCUGUACCCCUGCCCAAAACAUGGAACCGUGUAGGAGUAUUCCCUUCCUGCAGCCCAGCCUCCAGCCCUGCAUUCCUUCAGGAAUUCUAAGGCCAUGGUUAGGUGGUGAGCUUGGGAGAGCUGAGCUUUGUUUUCUAUCUCCUCCAGCCUCUUUCCUUACUCUUUAUCCCAUUUAGGUCCAGGGAUGAGGCUUGAGAUCCUAAUAAACAAUACCUUAUUGUUUAAUCUGUGGCUUGACUUGUGAGUAGCCUUGGAAUCAGCCUCUAGGAGCUGAGCUUCAGAGUUCAGCAAGGGAGCAGUUUCUGUGCCCACCCUAACAGCCUGGUACUUCGGACAAACAAACAGAUGCACGAGCAGAGCACAGCAGGGCUCUGAAAGUUACUGUAAGCCAGAAAUAAACUGUAUUUUUUCUUAAAAAAACAAAACA